AUGGUAAAAGAGACCAAACUGUACGACUCGCUGGGCGUAAGCCCGACAGCAACCCAAGAUGAGAUCAAAAAAGCCUACCGAAAAGCCGCUCUGAAAUGGCACCCGGACAAGAAUAAGGACAAUCCGCAAGCCGCUGAGAAGUUCAAAGAAGUAUCCCAAGCCUACGAACUCCUCUCCGACCCCGAAAAGCGCAAGAUCUACGACCAAUACGGCCUCGAAUUCGUGCUGCGCGGCGGUGCUCCACCCCCCGAGGGCGGCUUCGACCCCAGCGGUGCCGGCGGCAUGCCCUUCGGCGCUGAGAGCUUCCCCUUCUCCAGUAUGGGCGGCGGUGGUGGCCCAGGCGGGGCAAGGACGUUCCACUUCUCGACCGGCGGCGGUGGCGGCGGGUUCAACUUCUCGGACGCGGGCAGCAUAUUUUCAGAGUUUAUGAGGGCGCAGAGCGGUGGUAUGGGUGGAGGAGGGGGAAUGGGAGGGGGGAUGGGGGGCCCUGAUGAUGACCUCGCGGGGCUUUUCGGCGGGGGUGGGGGCUUUGGGGGGAUGGGUGGUGGGAUGGGCGGAAGGCCUGGAGCGGGACGGUCGGCGUCUUCAAGGUUUGGGGAGGGACUGAAUGGUGGCGCGGGAAGAAGACAUGCAACACCUGAGGUGACCGUGCUGGAGAAGCCGCUCCCGGUGUCCCUCGAGGAGCUGUAUAACGGCACGACGAAGAAGAUGAAGAUCAAGCGCAAGACGUACGACCAGGCGACCGGGAAGCAGAGCACGCAGGAUCGGAUCCUCGAGGUGCCGAUCAAGAAGGGCCUGAAGGCGGGAAGUAAGAUCAAGUUCUCGGAUGUAGGUGAUCAGGUUGAGGGCGGGACGCAGGAUUUGCACUUUGUUGUUCAAGAGAAAGAACACCCCAACUUCAAGCGCGACGGCGACGACAUCCGCACAACCGUGGAUCUUGACCUCAAAGAAGCGCUCACGGGCUGGAAGCGCACCGUGCAGACCAUCGACGGCAAGCAGAUCAACGUCAGCAGCGGCGGACCCACGAGUCCGACUUGGGUAGAGCGGUAUCCCGGCCUCGGCAUGCCGAAGAGCAAGAAGCCGUCUGAACGGGGCGACUUCGUUGUCGGCGUCAAUAUCAAGUUCCCGACGAGCUUGACCGCGGCACAGAAGGAGAAGCUCAAGGAGAUUCUAUAG